UUCCUUCGUUUUCUCUCUCUCUCUUUCACAUCACCGAUUCUGAGACUUCACCGAAUAUGACCGCCGAUUCAACCGUCGCACACGUUAAUAGCGUCGUUUCUAACGGCGAUGUCUCCAACGGAAACACCACCGCUUCCUCGAAGAAAUCUCGUGAGAGCGACCGUCGCCGCCGCCGACGGAAGCAGAAGAAGAACAACAAAGCAUCUCAGGCCGAUGUAGAUACAUCGGACGUUUCUGGUGCUUCUGAUUCUAAGGAGAAUGCAGAUCCGCAGCAACAGGUUUCUGAGCAGAUUGUGAUAGAGUAUGUUCCAGAGCAGGCUGAAUUUGAAGAUGGUUUUAACGAUGAGUUUAAGGAAAUCUUUGAGAAGUUCAACUUUCGCGAACCUGUUACCUCGGAGGAAGACGGUAAGAAGGAUGAGUCUGAGGACAAAGAAGAUGUCAAAAAGAAGGUUAACUCUGAUUCAGGUUCAGACGAGGAUGAGCGGGAUAACCAGAACAAAGAGAAAGGCAUCUCUAAUAAGAAGAAAAAGCUUCAACGGAGGAUGAAGAUUGCUGAGCUGAAGCAGGUUUCCGCUAGGCCUGAUGUCGUUGAGGUCUGGGACGCUACUUCAGCAGAUCCAAAGUUGUUGGUGUUUUUGAAGUCGUAUCGGAAUACAGUUCCUGUUCCACGACAUUGGUCCCAGAAGAGAAAAUAUUUGCAGGGAAAACGUGGUAUAGAGAAGCAGCCAUUUCAUCUUCCUGAUUUCAUUGCUGCAACCGGAAUUGAGAAAAUUAGACAGGCUUACAUUGAGAAAGAAGAUGGUAAGAAGUUGAAGCAAAAGCAACGGGAGAGAAUGCAACCAAAGAUGGGAAAGAUGGACAUUGACUACCAGGUCCUUCAUGAUGCAUUUUUCAAAUACCAAACAAAGCCUAAGCUGUCAGCUCUAGGCGAUUUGUAUUUUGAAGGGAAAGAAUUUGAGGUUAAACUGAGGGAAACGAAACCAGGGAUUUUAUCACACGACUUAAAAGAAGCUCUUGGUAUGCCUGAAGGCGCUCCUCCCCCAUGGCUAAUUAACAUGCAGAGAUAUGGUCCUCCUCCUUCUUACCCACACCUGAAAAUUCCUGGUUUGAAUGCUCCUAUUCCACUUGGAGCUAGCUUUGGGUAUCAUAUUGGCGGCUGGGGGAAACCUCCAGUUGACGAAUAUGGGCGUCCAUUGUAUGGAGAUGUCUUUGGUGUCCAGCAACAAGAUCAGCCUAACUAUGAGGAGGAGCCUAUUGAUAAGAGUAAGCACUGGGGUGAUUUAGAGGAAGAGGAAGAGGAAGAGGAGGAGGAAGAAGAGGAACAAGAAGAGGAGAUGGAUGAUGAGGAUCUACAAGACGGCACUGAAUCUGUUGAUACACUGUCAAGCACCCCUACUGGUAUUGAGACACCAGAUGCAAUUGAACUUCGUAAGGAACAGAGAAAGGAACCUGAUAGGCCUCUAUACCAGGUACUCGAAGAAAAGGGAGAGAGUGUUGCUCCUGGAACAGUGCUGGGAACCACACACACAUACGUUAUUAAGACUGGUACUCAAGACAAGACGGGAGCCAAAAGGGUUGAUUUACUGAGAGGGCAAAAGACAGACAGAGUGGAUGUCAGUUUACAGCCAGAAGAGCUGGAUGCUAUGGAAAAUGUGUUACCUGCCAAGUAUGAGGAGGCAAGAGAAGAGGAGAAAUUGCGCAAUAAGCCAGUGGACUUGAGUGACAUGGUCGUCGAGCAUGUGCAGCAGAAUAGCAGGAAGAGGAAAAUGCAUGAUAAGGAAGGGAAGAAGAAGAAAGAUUUCAAAUUCUGAGGUGUGUUAUGGAAGAGACACAAAAGGAUUCUGGACAUGAGUGGAUGGAGAGAAGGAGAGAGAUUCAUGUUACAGAGUUUUUUAGCCUUGAGUCAGAGAUCUUGAGUUUUAGUCUUAAUGCUAUGGAAUCCUAUAACUAUGUUGUUAUCUGAAGGCUUAAUUUUCACGACAUCGCUCCUGAAACCAAAUUAUGUUCAAUUAAUGUUUUUUUUUGUUAUAUGCAGAGUGUGAACUAAUU